AACCCUAUUUUCCGUUGAUUUUCGCCGCUGCACUGCACCAGCCUUCCGAGAGAGAGAGAGAGAGAGUGUGUAGAGAUGGUGUCAGGUUCGGGGAUCUGCGCGAAGAGAGUUGUGGUUGAUGCCAGGAACCACAUGCUCGGCCGCUUGGCCUCCAUUCUCGCCAAGGAGCUCUUGAACGGCCAGAGAGUGGUGGUCGUCCGAUGCGAAGAAAUCUGCCUCUCCGGCGGCCUUGUUCGCCAGAAGAUGAAGUACUUGAGGUUCCUCCGCAAGCGUAUGAACACUAAACCCUCGCAUGGACCCAUCCAUUUCCGCGCCCCUUCAAAGAUCCUCUGGAGAACCAUCCGUGGGAUGAUUCCCCACAAGACUAAGAGAGGAGAAGCUGCCCUGGCACGCUUGAAAGUUUAUGAGGGUGUCCCACCUCCAUAUGACAAAAUCAAGAGAAUGGUCAUUCCUGAUGCACUCAAGGUGUUGAGGCUUCAAGCUGGCCACAAAUAUUGUCUGUUGGGUAGACUCUCAUCAGAAGUUGGGUGGAAUCACUAUGAUACCAUCAGGGAGCUGGAGAAGAAGAGAAAGGACAGAGCCCAGGUAACCUAUGAAAAGAGGAAGCAAUUGAACAAGCUGAGAGCCAAGGCUGAGAAGGUUGCUAUUGAGAAACUUGGCUCACAGCUUGAUGUCAUUGCUCCUAUUAAGUACUAAAAAUUGUGAUAUAUAGCUGUCGAGUGAUAACUUUGUUGGAGACUACGGAGUUAGAUUCCUUUAAUUAUUAAAUCUGUUUUGGCUGUCAUUUUUCUUUUUGUCAAACUUACAAUCGUUGCUGUAAUUCUCAAAUUUUACAAGUUUUAAUAGACUAUCCAAUGUUGUUGCCAUAA